AUGGUGACACCGAGCAUGGAAAACUUAUCAAUAAAUGAUGAAUACGAUUUAGAAGGGUUUUGUUUUGAUGUGGAGGAGGAUGGUGAUGAAGUUUCAGAUCUCAAAUGGUGCCUUGUCGGUAGAUUCCUAUGUGAUAGAUUUAUUCAUGUGCAAGCUAUGAAGAAUAAAGUUGCAGAUGUGUGGAGUCCGAUGAGGGGAGUUAAGGAAGCGAAAUACGGUUUAUUUCUUUUCCAAUUCUCGCACAAACUGGACAUGGAUGCAAUGUUACAAGGCAGACAAUGGACAUUUGAUUCACACCUCUUGAUUAUUGAGAAGGUAAGGAUUGAAAUGCAGAUUGAAAAUAUACCUUUGUAUCAUGUUGAUUUCUGGAUUCAAAUCCACAACUUACCAGCGGGAAUGAUGAUGGAAAAAGUUGGGAAAACAUUGGCAAAUUUCAUCGGGGCUUUUGUGGAGUAUGACAAAAAUAACAACACCAGUUACUGGCGCGAGUAUAUGAGAAUUAGGGUGAAGAUUGAUGUGAGGCAACCAUUGAAGAGGCAAAGGAGAAUCAAGAAUAAGGGAGGUUUCUGGUGCGUUGUUAAAUUCAAAUAUGAGAAACUGAGUUUAUUUUUCUUCGUUUGUGGAAAAUUAGGACAUUCAGAGAACAAAUGUGAGAUUCGUUUUGCUAUGGUGGAAGACAACGACAUAAGAGAAAGUUCUAAUGAUUUAAGGCUGAUACCAGACGUUAUGGCGGUGGUUCCUCUUCUUGGUGGCUUAAAACCGAUGCAGACAGUAGCAUGA